ACUAAGCCCACGCCCUCUCCAACAGCCACUACAAUAAAGUCUCGUAAAGGAUUCGGGUUAGGCCUCCCCAUGCUGUUUCGUUUCGGGGUAAUCGUGCCCGCCAGGAUGGCAGAAAGCGGCACCGCGCUGUGCCUAUCGGGCUCCCGCCCGGAGCUGGGUCACUGGGACCCCCAGCACGCGCUGGCCAUGAAACCUGCACGGCCCUCGGCUCCGCUGCCUGCUCAAGAACCGGUGCUGUGGCUGGCGGAGGUGGCCUUCCCCGAAGAAGAGGCCGCGUGCACUUUCUGGUACAAAUUCCUCAGGCGGCGUGAGACAGGAGAGGCCGUCUGGGAAGGCAAUGGGCCCCAUCAUGACCGAUGCAGUGUUUAUAACCCAAGCAACUUGGUUGAUGGAGUUUACUGCCUCCCAGUAGGGCACUGGAUUGAAGUCUCUGGGCAUACUGAUGAGAUGAAACAUACAACUGACUUCUAUUUUAAUAUAGCUGGACAUCAAGCUAUUCACUACUCCAGAAUUUUGCCAAAUCUAUGGCUGGGAAGUUGCCCUCGUCAAGUGGAGCAUGUGACUGUGAAGCUAAAACAUGAAUUGGGUAUUACAGCUGUAAUGAACUUCCAGACUGAAUGGGAUAUUGUUCAGAAUUCCUGGGGAUGUAACCGCUAUCCAGAACCUAUGACCCCAGAGGUUCUCAUGAAGCUGUACAAAGAAGAAGGCCUUGCUUAUGUCUGGAUGCCAACACCAGACAUGAGUACAGAAGGUAGAGUGCAGAUGUUGCCUCAGGCUGUCUGUCUCCUUCACGGGCUCCUAGAGAAUCGGCAUACUGUCUAUGUUCAUUGCAACGCAGGCGUUGGCAGGUCCACAGCUGCAGUUUGUGGCUGGUUAAAAUAUGUGCUUGGAUGGAAUUUGAGGAAAGUGCAGUAUUUUGUGGCUUCCAGAAGAGCAGCCGUCUACAUUGAUGAAGAGGCACUUGUGCGUGCUGAGGAGGAUUUCUUUCAGAAAUUUGGACCUCUUCGCUCCUCAUGCAAGCCUUAACAGAGAAAGAGGAAAUCAGUAGAGGUGUUGCCAAACCCAAACAUUUGACACAUCACAGAUCUGACUCCCAAAGCAAUAUGAGUGCCUGAAAAUCAUUAUAGAUCAUUAUUAUUCAUAAGAACAAGAAGAGUGGUAUGCUAUCUGAAUGCAUGUAUUACAUUUUAAUUUUUCCUAAAAACUUAAGCAAAACUGCUCCAAUUCAGCUUUGCAUGCAUGCAGAGCCAGAGCUGUGAGUGGGAAGUUCUCCCAGAAAAGCAGUAGUCAUAUUGCUAAGCAGGAUGGGGGAGACGGAAUAAUGGGAAACUAAAUCCACCCUCCUGACUCACAAACCGUUGCUGAAGCACUAUUUAGAUUUUUUAAAUAGUAUUUCACAUAUACAACUCUACUAGCUACAAACACAGCAUCCAUUCAUAAAUUCUUCUCCUCAUCCAGAUGGCAUCUAUGAAGUAUGUAAGUGAAGAGACAGAAAUACAGAUAAAUUCCUGGAGGAAGGCAUUAAAAAUCAAUACGUGUUCAUGAUUUUUUUUUUUACACAGUCAGGACUAUAUGGUCAUUUCAAAGAGAAUCUUUUGCAGAAUCUCUGUAAAAUGGAAGCUAUAAUAAAGUAG